AUGGACGACAAAACGAGCACCGACGAGCCGUCAGCCUUAACUACCUUUUCUGAGAGUGGAAACAUCGUCAUGGGUAUAUUCCUUUUGGUAACGGCUGUACUUUCAGUGAUUGGUAACAGUGUCGUACUUGAAAUGUUUCGCCGUUAUAAAGAACUAUUAUCGCCAUCUGCUAUUCUUCUUAUUAGCCUGGCUCUUGCUGAUCUAGGAUUGACAAUCUUUGGAAUGUCGCUUUCGUGCGUCUCUAGCUUUGCAGGGCGAUGGCUAUUUGGAAAGUUUGGUUGUUAUUUCCAUGGAUUCGCCGGAAUGCUGUUUGGACUUGGAAGUAUUGGCAAUCUGACUGUUAUCAGUAUUGAUAGAUAUAUCAUUACAUGUAAGAGGAGUCUACAAUGGUCAUAUCGCCAUUACUACGCUCUACUCGCAGUAGCCUGGUCAAAUGCCUUAUUCUGGUCGAUGAUGCCGCUGUUUGGAUGGAGCAGCUAUGCGCUAGAACCAGAAGGUACAUCGUGUACCAUAGAUUGGAUGAACAACGAUAAUCAGUACAUUUCUUACGUAAGUUGUGUUACUGUCACGUGUUUCAUUCUACCGUGUGCCGUGAUGACAUAUGAUUACCUCGCGGCUUAUAUGAAGAUGGUGAAAGCUGGAUACACACUGAGCGAAGAAACAGAGAAACCGAACAACGAUGGCGAAAACAUUGAGAACAUUGAAACUGGAACUCGUGUGAAAGGCGUAUCCAUUCGUGUCAAUUCAUUUAUCCGUCCAGAUUGGAAACAAACAAAGUAUGCCACUAAGAUGUGCAUUGCCCUGGUUGCUGCAUUCCUGUUGUCAUGGUUCCCAUCUGCCACUGUAUUUCUCUGGGCAGCUUUUGGCAAUCCGGGGAAUAUUCCAUUAUCAUUCACAGGGGUGGCAGAUGCCUUCUCCAAAAUCCCAGCAGUCUUUAAUCCUGUUAUUUACGUCGCCCUCAACCCUGAAUUCCGUAAAUAUUUCGGAAAGACGAUAGGAUGCCGAAGAAAAAGGAAGAAACCAAUAGCUGUAAGACUCAAUGGAAAAUGGGUAUCGAAACUAUAUCAACUAUACGGAGGCGUUAUAUCAAUGAUUGGAAGAGACUAUAUCAACGAUGUGGUGGGGGAGGCUUUUGGAGCCAUAUCAAUGGUUGGAAGGGAGCAUCUCAACGAGGGUGGGGCAUUAAAGCGAUGGGGAGAAACCAUAUCAACGACGGGGUGGAACCAUAUCAACGAUGGG